UCCUGGUGGUGGAGGGUACGGUCCUGCUGGUACUGGAGCUGCUAGUCCUGGAGAUACUGCUGGUGCUAGAGGUGCUGGAGGCACUGCUGGAGGUGCCGGAGCUGCUGCUGGUGUUGGAGGUGCUUGUGGUGCUGGAGGUGCUGGAGCUGCUUGUGCUGGAGGUGCCGCUGGUGGUGGAGGUGCUGGAGGUCCUGGAGGUGCUGGAGGUACUGCUGGAGGUGCCGGAGCUGCUGCUGGUGGUGGAGGUACUAGAGCUGCUAGUACUGGAGGUGCUGCUGGAGGUGCUUCUGGUGCAGGAGGUGCUCGAGCUGCUAGUGCUGCUGGUGGUGGAGGUGGUGGAGGUGCUGGAGGUGCUCGUGCUGGAGGUGCUGGAGGUCCUCGAGGUGCUGGAGGUACUGUUGGAGGUACUGGAGCUAAUAGUACUGGAGGUGCUGCUGGUGCUGGAGGUGCUUCUGGUGCUGGAGGUGCUGAAGGUGCUAGUGCUGCUGGUGUUGGAGGUACUGGAGGUACUGGAGGUGCUGCUGGUGCUGGAGGUGCUGCUGGUGCUGGAGGUGCUAGAGCUGCCACCACUGGAGGUGCUGGACCGGCUGGUGCGCUUCGCCACCUUCUCGGUCUUCCGCCAGCUCCCACUGAGUUCCCAGUCGCUGGUACUACUCCUCCAUUGCUGUUCCCACAGCUACUGCCUCACACCCCACUACCUGCUCCUGCCCCUUACACUGCUGUGACAAAGUCCCUCACUGAGCGUCGGCCCACCACCUAA